AUGGCUUGAAGGUCUUGCAACGUAAAAAGCUUGCGGUUUAUUUCUGGAUCUAUGUUUAUAUCAACCUUGCUUUGUCUCAAAGGGCAUUUUGUUUUCGGUAUUUUAUUGUUGGUCACUUGUUUUCUUUUUGUUUUAAUAUCGUCUUCAAACUUAAAAUCAAAAUCUCGGCCGGUUGUCACAUGUCUUUUAAAAUCUUUUUCAAGUUUUGCUAUUUGCCUUGAUCUUCUAGAUCUUAUUUCUUGUUUAUCUCUUAAUUUUUCAUAUUUUUCAGACAAUUGUAUUCUAUCCUGCUCAGUUCGAAGGCUCCUUUCUCUCUCAUUAAGCAUCCUGCAAAUGAUGUUUUUUCUUAUAGUAAAAUCUUUGAGAAAAUCAUUAUGAUAUGAAUUUUUUGAUGAAAAUCUUUUGAGGUUUUCUGUGGAGCGACUUGUGAAGCUUGUUUUUAUGACUGGAUUUAGAGAGACUGUAGAAGGGAAUGAAAUAAAGGUUUUUCUUUGAGAAGUAGAGUUGUCCAGAGACAGUUUUGGUCUUUUAAUUAAGGAGGAGAUUGAGCAACUUUUCCCGAUUGCUUUUAAAGUGAAACCCGUUUGGGAAUUUACAUCAUUUGACAUUGUAUUUUAUAAGAAAUUGCUAUUUUAA